GACUCAAACAAUCAUAAGUCAAUGUUGGCCUUGGACUCUGUGAAAGUAUUUAUCCACCAAAAGCGAAUCUGCCAAAUCUUUAUCCAUUUCUUUUUAUUUUCCUUCUGAAAUAAAAAUCCGCAACGAAAUUCAAAUUUUUGUGGGCAAAUUGUGGAAUUUUCCCCAUUAUAUACAUAUAUUUAUAUGUAUUUAUACUCAUAUUAGGGUUUGUAUAAGCUAGGUUUUGUAUGAUUGAAGAAGUUGAUAGCUUGUCGCCAUGAGGAAGAAGCUCGCCACCCGCUUUCCUGCUUCUCGAAUCAAGAAGAUUAUGCAAGCUGAUGAGGAUGUCGGGAAGAUUGCGAUGGCUGUACCGGUUUUAGUUUCUAAAGCUUUGGAACUAUUUUUGCAAGAUCUUUGUGACAGGACUUAUGAGAUUACUCUAAAAAGGGGAGCAAAAACUGUGAAUUCUUUGCAUUUGAAGCAAUGUGUACAGAGCUUUAACGUGUUUGAUUUCCUGAAGGACACUGUAAGUAGGGUUCCUGAUUUAGGCUGUUCAGAAGCUUCUGCUGAUGAUAGAUCUGCUACCAAAAAAAGGAGGGUCUCAGAAGACGAAGACAAUGGCACUGAUGGUGAGUCUAAACGAAUCCACAUGCCUGAGACUGGCCACAUCAGCACUGGUGGGAGAGUUAGGGGAAGAGGUAGGGGUCGGGGUCGGGGUCGAGGUCGUGGUAGGAACAAAGGUAGUCACACUCAAGAGAGAGAAUUGAAUACUCAGUAUGAGAAAUUUGAAGACUAUCCAGAUGUUUCUCCCCAGAAUGAUGAGAAGCAAAAUGAAAAUUUUGAAAAGCCAGACAAUUUUGCAGGUCCUGCAGAUUUUAGCAAUAUGGGUGGGAAGGAGGCAGAUAUGUCAGUCAGAAAUUUCGAUCUUAAUGUGGACUUACAUGAGAAUGGGAAUUCCACACCAGUAAUGGCUGGAGGCACUUCUAACUUGAGUACAAAUGCAGCUCUUGAAAUGAAGCAUGAAGAAAUUCCUGGUUGGUCCCUCAAUGAUGUGGAAGGGAUGACGAUCGAUCCUACUCAACUUGCCAAUAUCAAUAGGAGGAUGGAUGUGGAAGAAGAAGAAGAUUAUGAUGAAGAAGAAUAAUAGAACGGGAUCCUGCCAUUUUGUGAAGUAGUAAGCAAUCGUAUCUCAUACAGGUCUGCGCCAUGCAGCAGAUGUUUAUAUAUGUUGUUAACUAGCUGGUAGCAGAUUAGAGACCGUAGGAGACAACAAAGGAAAACAAAAUUAGUUUGGGACAAGAUGCGGAGUUUCCUUGUCAGCUCAUUUAGGAUUUUGUACUAUAUGAUUCUGUAUGGCUAACCGAGAGCAAGACCAAUAAAUACUUCAAUUCUCGCCUGGAAUUUGGGAAAAGAAUGAUUUUCUCUUA